CGCCCAAAUGACAUUGAUAAGGCCGAAAGCUGAUAAGGGGAACAAGUCGCGGAGAACAAGUUAAAUAAGCCUAAAACCGAAGAGCAGACGCUCAUUGGCGAAGCGAGCGCGCACCAAAACAGACGUACGAAAAUCGGCAAAACGAGGUAGGAAGCGAAGCAGCGGAGAACAUAACAAAUGAAUGAACCGAACGCGGCGGCGGGACGAGUGCAAGAAACGGGUUGAGAAGAAGCGUUAACACCACUCUCGGGCGGUCAGCGAUCUUUGGGCCAAAAGCGGAGGCAGAAGCCAGUCAGCAAGUCAGCAUUUCAUCUCUGCAAGACGCGUCUUUUGUUUUGGGCAUCGGAAUCCGAGUUUCAAGGGCGGCAGCAGCAGCCAGCAGUCUGCGUGUGUUAUUCGUUGCGCUCCAUUCCGUAAGCUGAAUCACCUACAACUGGGAUAAUCACCUGUAAAACAGCACAGACAUGGCCCCACCCACCGUCUUGGUCACCGGCGGAGCCGGCUACAUUGGUUCCCACACCGUACUGGAGAUGCUCAACGCAGGCUACAACGUCAUCUGUGUGGAUAACUUGUGCAAUGCGUACAGCAGCGGCGCUAAGCUACCGGAGGCGCUCAAUCGGGUGCAGGAGAUCACCGGCAAGAAGGUUAACUUCUAUCGCGUGGACAUCACGGACCGGGAUCAAGUGCGCUCCGUCUUCCAGGAGCACAAAAUAGACAUGGUGGCCCAUUUUGCCGCCUUGAAGGCCGUCGGCGAGUCCUGUCGCAUUCCCUUGCAAUACUACCACAACAACAUGACCGGCACGAAUGUCCUGCUGGAGGCUAUGGCAGAUAACAAUGUCUUUAAGUUUGUGUACAGCUCCAGUGCCACCGUGUACGGUGAGCCCAAAUUCCUGCCCGUUACAGAGGAGCAUCCCACGGGCAAUUGCACAUCGCCUUACGGCAAGACCAAAUACUUUACGGAAGAGAUUCUCAAGGAUCUGUGCAAGUCUGACAAGCGCUGGGCUGUGGUCUCCCUGCGCUACUUCAAUCCGGUGGGCGCCCACAUCAGCGGUCGGAUUGGCGAGGACCCCAAUGGCGAGCCCAACAACCUGAUGCCCUACAUUGCCCAGGUGGCUGUGGGCCGACGUGCCAGCCUUAGCGUCUACGGCAGUGACUUUCCCACCAAGGACGGCACUGGAGUGCGCGACUACAUUCACAUCGUGGACCUGGCCGAGGGCCAUCUUAAAGCGCUGGACAAGCUGCGCAACAUCGCCGAGACAGGCUUCUUUGCGUAUAACCUGGGCACUGGAGUGGGAUAUUCUGUGCUGGACAUGGUGACGGCCUUCGAGAAGGCCUCCGGCAAGAAGGUAACCUAUGCGUUAGUGGAUCGUCGUUCCGGUGAUGUGGCGACCUGCUUUGCGGACGCCAAGCUGGCCGAGGAGAAGCUAGGCUGGAAGGCCGUCCGAGGCAUUGAUAAGAUGUGCGAGGAUACGUGGCGCUGGCAGAGCCAAAAUCCCAAUGGAUAUGCCAACAAGUAGCUCGUUUCGUGUAGCUCCUUUUGACCUUGCCUCCGUUCCUGUUCCCUGCAAGUUCCUCCCAGCGUCGUCUGUUGUGUGUAUAUUUCUUCUUUCCGAAUUCCAUUUAGUAACCAAAAUAUAUUUUCGAUGUGUGUUAGUGUGUGUAUGUAAAUCCAAAGUACUUUGUAAUUAAAAAAAGCUUUCCGCUGUCGUCAA